AUGGAGAACAAGCAGUUCAUCGAGGCUGUGAGCAAUAUCCUCCAAUGUUCAUGCGCGGAAAGGGGCUACCUGCUGGCGAUGCUGUGCACGGUCAUUUUGAAGAUUUUGGAGCGAUACCGUGCAGCAGCGCAAAUGAACACUGUGACGGGGCAAUCUAUACCGUACAGGAUCGCAGCAAGCCACAGAAGCAGGCAGCCAAGCAGCCCUGCCAGUUCAAGAGAUACCAGUCGCACCCAACAGAUAGCAUCCCAACUAGUUCUUGGUGAACUGCAUCGAUUGCAGGUCUUAUUAGCCAGGCUUUCGUUGCGAAUCGACUGGGAUGAACGUGAGCCUGGAAUGGGAACAGGAUCUGAAUAUUGCUCUGAGCCUGCAAAUGAUUGGCAGGGAAGAACGAAUCAUGAAGACUUCUCCGCUGCUGCCUUGAGACAGAUGCAGACAGACCUACAGAAUUGCCUGUCACGUUUGUCGUCGGAUCUCAUCGGUAUUCUGAGGCACGCAUAG